GUUGAGGAGCUGAGCAGAAAGUCUCAGAUGACCUGUAAUCUCUUAAAGGGAUUUCGGACUGUCCUAUAGACUGGAACUGCUUCUCGCGUUCUCCAUUUUACCGAAGCUCUCUUCGCGUCCGACCCAGUGCAAGCCUGAGGUUCUGCAUCCCGGGAGAUGUGCGACCAGACCUUUGCCGCCGCUGUCUAUGGACCCUGUGAAAAAUGUCAAGAAGUCGGUCCGUUGCGGAACCUAUACAUCAAAGACGAGCCGAUCAACGUCUGCUCGCUGUGCGUCGAAAUGAUGGCAACCGAGGGGCUGCAGGAAAACGAAACGGUGUCAUCGCUGAGGAACGAGGCAGAGGCACUCAAGGGUAAACUGGAGGAAGAGAGGGCAAAGCUUCAUGAUGUCGAACUUCAUCAGGUGGCUGAGAGAACAGAGGCACUUGGACAGUUUGUGAUGAAGACAAGGCGAACUCUCAAAGGCCAUGGAAAUAAAGUGCUGUGCAUAGACUGGUGCAGAGACAAGAGACGAAUUGUCAGCUCCUCCCAGGAUGGAAAGGUUAUUGUGUGGGAUGCUUUCACCACUAACAAGGAACAUGCGGUGACCAUGCCCUGUACCUGGGUGAUGGCGUGUGCUUAUGCUCCAUCUGGCUGUGCUAUUGCAUGUGGGGGCUUGGACAACAAGUGCUCUGUGUAUCCGCUGACCUUUGAUAAAAAUGAGUCCUUGGCGGCCAAAAAGAAGUCCGUUGCGAUGCACACGAACUACCUGUCUGCUUGCAGCUUCACUAAUUCUGACAUGCAGAUCCUGACGUCAAGCGGUGAUGGAACCUGUGCACUCUGGGACGUGGAGAGUGGCCAGCUGCUUCAGAGCUUCCACGGUCACGGUGCAGACGUCCUUUGCCUUGACCUGGCGCCUUCUGAGACAGGUCAUACAUUUGUGUCCGGGGGUUGUGAUAAGAAAGCAAUGGUUUGGGAUAUGCGUUCUGGCCAGUGUAUCCAGUCCUUUGAGACGCACGAGUCGGACAUCAAUAGCGUUAGGUAUUUCCCAAGUGGCGAUGCCUUUGCCUCCGGUUCAGAUGAUGCUACAUGUCGCUUGUAUGAUCUGCGUGCUGACAGAGAAGUUGCAAUAUACUCAAAGGAUAGCAUCAUCUUUGGUGCCUCCAGUGUGGACUUCUCCCUUAGUGGUCGUCUCUUGUUUGCCGGUUACAACGACUACACCAUCAAUGUGUGGGACGUGUUAAAGGGAACCAGAGUGUCCAUCCUCUUUGGACAUGAGAAUCGAGUCAGCACCUUACGGGUUUCCCCUGAUGGCACUGCCUUCUGCUCGGGAUCGUGGGAUCAUACUCUGAGGAUUUGGGCUUAAAGCUUCCUGGAGCUGAUCAGCCAUUUCCGAAUGAAGUUUCCAUUCCAAGAUUUUGCAGUACGGUGGCUCAACUCCUAGAUCUUGUGUCUGCUUUAGAAAAUGUGCAAAUAUUGGGGAUUGUGGCAAUUAAAUGAGUCUGUAGUGACUAUACCAUUAUUUAAGAAACCUGGCAGGAUUCUAUGUAAUCAUGGAUUGGUAUCAUAAUUCAGUUUCACUUGUAUCAAACAGAAUGUUUAGAAGUAGUUGCCGCCUUUUCCAAAAUGCCAAUCAGUAGUUGGUUUCCAAAUUUCCUAAUUACUUUUCCAUUUCUAAAUGUUAUUAAAUACUGUACACAUUCAUAUUAAAUCUCACAUUUCCCCAUACCUUUGAAUCCAUGUUUUGCUGAAGAAAAAAAUCAGCUUAAGGCAAAGCUCCAGAACAAAAUGAUAUAUGUAAUGCAUCAUGGAGUCAAAGUGGCAACUUUAUUGAGGACAGACAUUUUGAAAGAUUGCUAGAAAGCACUAUUUAUGUUUUAUUGCUAAAGAUAACUACAUGUGGUACUUUUAUGGUUAAUUAAUGGACUAGACAAUGAAAAAAUGUAGAGAAUCUAUUUAAACUCACCUUUUCCAAAAUAUAUGUACUUAUAUUAUGCAAUAUGAAUUGUGUGGAAUUGUUACAGCACUAUUAGGUGGCAAAGUUCUCUUUUGUUUUAAGUUCAGCAUGUUCAUUUUGUCAGAAUGUUCUUUCUUUGUUUUUGAUACACAGAAUUGUAAAAUACUGUUCAGUAGCAGAUGACAAGUCUGGGCUAGGUCUGUAGACAUUGACUGUUUCAAAACUCCACAUAUUGCAGCAGGCGAAAAUCUAAUCAAAAGUUGUUGUUUAAAGUUGUAUGUUGAUGUAAUCCAAUGCAGUAGAUUUAAGUGCACUGUGAACUUUUCAAGAUUCUAAUGUUUCAUAAGAAGUGCAAUAUUAUGAUGUUACUGCGAUCUAGGCAAAAAUUAAGGCCUUCUGACUCGAUGAAGGCUCCUUGUUAAAGCACUUAUUUUCCUGUAGGAUCAAUUGUAUGAUUUUGGUUUUGUUUCUGUAAGUGUUUUUGUGAAUAUUUCAACAGUUCUUUUGGUGAACACUUGUGUAAAUCUUUUGAAAUGUAACACAAAUAAUAAAUGG